AUGGCCGGCAGCCAGCGGUACAUCCGCUACAUCGUCUUUGCGGUAGUGGCCCUCGUCCUCCUCUACUUCAUCGGCUCCUCCUCGUCUGUGCCUUCUGCAAGCUGGCCAGUCUAUCAGGACACAAAGUCGCCCGCGACUCCCCAGGGCAAUGCUCCCGUCGCCAGCGAUGACGUCCAGCAGGUCACGUCUCCUACCACGCCCAACCAGCAGAAGCUCCCGCCCGCCACCAUCCCCGGCGACCGCAUGAACGCAACUUUUGUCACCCUCGCCCGUAACUCGGACGUCUGGGAGAUUGCCGAGUCCAUCCGCCAAGUCGAGGACCGCUUCAACCGCAAGUUCAACUACGACUGGGUCUUCCUCAACGACGACGACUUCAGCGACGAGUUCAAGAAGGUCACCACUGCGCUUGUGUCCGGCACCACCAAGUACGGCAAGAUUCCCACAGAGCACUGGUCCUUCCCCGAGUGGAUUGACCAGGACAAGGCCGCCAAGGUUCGCGAGACCAUGAAGGAGAAGAAGAUCAUCUACGGCGACUCCGUCAGCUACAGGCACAUGUGCCGCUACGAGUCUGGCUUCUUCUUCCGCCACCCCUUGAUGCUCGACUACGAGUGGUACUGGCGUGUCGAGCCCAGCGUCAAGCUCUACUGCGACAUCAACUACGACACCUUCAAGUUCAUGGCCGAGAACAAGAAGAAGUACAGCUUCACCCUCAGUCUCUACGAAUACGUCGAGACCAUCCCCACCCUCUGGGAUGCCACCAAAAACUUCACCAAGCACUACCCCCAGCACAUCGUCAAGGACAACGCCAUGAAGUUCCUCAGUGACGACGGCGGCGAGACCUACAACCACUGCCAUUUCUGGUCCAACUUCGAGAUUGGCAACCUCAACUGGCUCCGUUCCGACGCAUACAUUGACUUCUUCACCUCUCUUGACCACGCAGGCGGUUUCUUCUACGAGCGAUGGGGCGAUGCCCCCGUACACUCCAUUGCCGCAGGUCUGCUACUCCAAAAGGACGAGAUCCACUUCUUCAACGACAUUGCCUACUACCACGUCCCCUUCACGCAUUGCCCGACCGGUGAGCAAUACCGCCUCGACCACAAGUGCUCUUGCAACCCCAAGGACAACUUUGACUGGAACGGAUACAGCUGCACAUCCCGCUUCUACGAAAUGCAAGGCAUGGAGAAGCCAGCAGGGUACGAAAAGGAGCAGUAA